UCGUGAAGUCUGCGAUCAGGACCUCGUUAUCGUUGAUCACGUGCAUGUAUGAGAAUAUGUGGUGAAUGCGUGAGUGUGGUCUUGGAAAUCGCGAGCAGGAAGUAGCUGUGACGUAAGACUAGAAUUGGUAGGAAAUCUUCCAUCAUUGUCCUUUCCUUUCGAUUACUUCCCGUCAUGACUUCUCCAAGCCCCAUCAUCUAUCAGAACGUGGAGGGAGACAUCACGUUGAUCGAUAUACCAACAUCUAUCGCAGCAGCACAAGGCGACCGCUCGGGAGUGCUGCUCUCUACUCCACCCUUGGAUACUCCCAUCGAACCGAAAGAAGACUAUCGGCCCAGGACACAGAAGUCUAGAACGAACAAGACUCAGGCACAAGACACGACUACCACGCCGCAUGCGACAGUGGCAGAAGCCUCUAACCACGACUUCCUGUCGUUGCAUCUUGAUGACCAACGUUACAAAGUUCUUGCUGAACAUGCACUCCGCCAGAUACGUGCACAGGUCUCAGGGCCGUGGUGCACACAGCGCAAGCUAAUGACCCAGGAGCCAGUCCGUGGGGAACAACAGGUCAUGGAUGUAGACGAAAUCUCCGAGAAAGAGCUCGAGGCUCGGAUGAGGGAGUGGGCAGCGUCCGGCGAGACGAAAGAAGAUGAUACCGCAUUCAACCUGCAACAGAUGAUGGCUUCGCUCGGCGCAACUUCCGAGGUUGCAGAACCAGCCUCUACGGCACCACAGUGGAUGAUGUCGUACCGCGCUGCACGUGAGACUACAAGUAGCACAACGCAGGCCGCUGAAACGGUCUCUGCGGACGCACAAACUGAACCAUGGACGGGUACCUUUCACAACCCCAACCACCACUCCGUAGCACUUGCGAUCGCCACAAAUACGUCGCAAUCUGCUCAGCCGGGUUCAGAGUAUCGUUUCACAAUACCACCUCGCUCCACAUUCUUCCUUAGCGAUUCCACUGCAUCGGACGCUUUCCGUACCUCGUUUCGUGAGCUCACGAACGAAUACACCCUUCCACGACACUUUGAUCUAGUGCUGCUGGAUCCGCCAUGGCCCAAUCGUUCAGCCAAGCGGAAGGGCGCAUAUGAGCAGGUUGGCGGCAUGCCGUACCUCAAGAAAAUGCUACUGAACAUGGAUAUCGACAGUUAUCUCGAGCACAAUGCCCUUGUGGGCGUCUGGAUCACGAACAAGCAGUCACUGAGACAACAUGUGCUUGGACCUGGCGGACUCUUUGAAACGUGGAACGUGGGCUUGAUCGAGGAAUGGAUAUGGAUCAAGACGACGACCAAAGGCGAGCCCAUGUUCGACAUUGAUAGCACCAUGCGCAAGCCCUAUGAAAUUCUGCUGCUGGGUCGUGCGGCCCCCAACUCGUGGACGACGAUGGCACACGCGCCAACGGUCAAAAGGAGAGUCAUCGCUGCUGUACCAGAUAUCCACUCGCGGAAACCGUGUCUGAAGACGUUACUCGAACCCUAUCUGGUGGAUUCGAAUGAUUACAGUGCGCUUGAGGUCUUUUCUCGGUACCUAGUCAGUAAAUGGAUGUCUUGGGGUAACGAGGUACUGAAAUACAACUGGGAUGGCUACUGGGCUCCGGCUUGAAGUGCCGUGGCCUCUGUGACGAAAGCGUUGACCUCUCUGGCACAUGGUAUACCGUGGUCAUAGAUUGCACGCGGUGACUCAGAAGAACGUACUGGUCCCCGGGGAUGAUGGUCCUUGGAUUGCGUGACUUACUACCCGGCGACCAUCAGUCAGUUCUUUCUUGGGUGGAGUGCAUGUCGUCUGUUCGUUUACCCAAGACCCAAACAUAGUACUUGUAGUAUUCUGCAAUAUAAUCACACAAUGAAGGCA